UCAGUGGUCGGUGUGGCGGUGGGGGCAGAACAAAGUGUGGGCCUGUCAAGAGGUGAGAGCCCGCGGCAACGUCAGACAUCAGGCCGAGUCAUUGCAAUGGAUCUUGGUUGUGUCUCUGCUUCACUCACUGGCAGCGGCUGGGUGAGGCGCAUACAUACGAGCAGCGGCAGCAGGGGCAGCAGUCUGUUGGGGACGUACCAGCGGAGCCGAUGGUGCCAGCCACGGGUGCUUGAGGGCCUGCACGACCGAGGGACGCACAACAUGGGAGAGACAGAUAGAAAGGCAUGGCAUCAACACACAACAUGGGAUUGAGAUUGUGCCAUUUUUGGUCUUUCGUUUGUCUGCCGACUGGCUGACCUCCUCUGCUGAUGCGCCACUGAAAAUGGACACAAUAAGGCUGAGGAGGUCCCUCGACGGCGGCUCGGGAAGCUCAUUUGCCAGAGCGGCACGCACGCCGGCUUCUGUGCGCUGCAUUCGAAAGAAUGGCAGGCAAGAAGUAAGGUGAGUGUCUCUCAGACAGCCGUCUGGCUAAUCAUUAUGUCCUCAUACCUGAGUGACGGCGAUGUCCUCUGCCUUGUCGGCGUCCACCCCCAUCACCCGCAGCAGCGCGACCCCUGCGACAUGGCAGACAGACACGUGAAGCAUCCAUUGUGCGUGGUUUAGUGAGCAGACGUACCUGCCCACAUCAUGUCCUCGGCGGCCCCCUCGCCCGACUGCACACACACCAAAGACACCAAAGAAGGACAAUGAUGAGCCAGGCAGCCAUCCAGGCGGCUAUCCAUCGAUCGAUGUCGUCGGUGUGUGUCUCACCAGGUCCUCCUUCAUCAGAUCUAGGUCUAUCAAGACAGUCGAAUCGUCGGCCCGUCUCAUGAGGUUCUCAGGUUUGACGUCGUGGUGGGCAAGGUGGCGGCGGUGGAGGUACGCGAGGGCUCUGAGUAGGUCUCUUGUUAUUGUCUUCGCCUCGCCCUCCCCCACGCAGCCACCGAGCUCCCACACCCCCUGACCUGCACACACACAUGGACACACACACAUAGAGACAGAGAGAGACGGAUAAACGAGUUGGUCAACAAGUCUUCUUGCCUUCCUCUUCAGUUACCCUCAAUGAACUCCAUCAAUAUACACGUCCGACCGGCGCUCGCCACAUCAAAACUCUCGAGGAGCCGUACAAUGUUGGGGCAGCUGGCCAGGCCCUUCUCCGCGUAGAGGCGGUAGGUCGGCCGGAAAAGCCUCUGCACACCACAGAGACACGGACAUUUGAGUCGUGUGCGUGUGCUGUGGCCUAUGUGUUGCUUACCCCGCCUCUCGAGUAUUUCUCGCCGAGGACCUUGGCCGCUUUGCCCCCAGACAGCUUCCAUAUCUCGGCCUGGGCGCCCCUGGUCAGCUUCCCCUCCACCUCCAACCCAUAGAUAUCAUGAAGCACCCCCUAGAUCUGUGUGUGGACGUGCUUCUAACCGCUCACACGUCGAUUGAUGUAUCAAGUCACUGCCACUUACAUGAAGCGCGCACGCCUACUGGCCAU